GUGGAGGGGGAGGAGGAGGAGGAGGUGGUGGUGGUGGUGGUGGUUUGGGAGGAGGUUCAGGCCAUGGUGGAGGAUUUGGUGCUGGUGGUGGUAUAGGAGGUGGUGUUGGUGGUGGAGCGGGAGGAGGAGGUGGUGGUGGAGGAGGAGGUGGUGGUGGAGCAGGGGGUGGAAUAGGCGGAGGUUCAGGUCAUGGUGGGGGCUUUGGUGCAGGAGGUGGUGUAGGAGGAGGAAUUGGUGGUGGUGGUGGUGCUGGAGGAGGUGGCGGUGGAGGAAUUGGAGGAGGUUCUGGUCACGGCGGAGGCUUUGGUGCAGGUGGUGGUAUAGGUCAUGGCGGGGGUGGAGGUAUAGGUGGAGGCGGCGGCGGCGGUCAUGGAGGCGGUGGAGGGUUUGGCAUCGGAAUUGGCAUUGGAGUUGGGGUAGGAGGUGGGCAUGGUUCCGGCAGUGGUUCUGGUGUGGGAGGAGGAGGAGGUGGGGGUAAACAUUAGGGUUUAAGCAUGCAUGCAUAACAGUAUUUGGAUAUUCCUUAAGAAAGCCGUCUUUAUGUAAGGAUUAUGAGAGUCCAUGUUGUCUUGUGUUGUUAGGGAAAAGCUUUGGCAAAAUCCUAUUACUAUAGUUACAUGUGUUUUAACUAUCAAAGUCACUGAGAUUCAGAACACUGUGAUGAAUUACUUAUUUCCAUGCAAAUGAUGUCGUGCUCGACUUCUGAAUUCAUAUAUGAAAUUUUUCCAUAUUUAUG